CUGACGCUUCCCCGCUCCCUCCCGCAGAGGAGCUGCAGUUCAAGGCCUGGAUGCUGCAGAACAACCGGCGGUACGGCCCGGACGAGUACCCCCGCCGGCUGCGCAUCUUCCUCGGUAACAAGAGGCAGAUCGACGAGCACAACGCCGGCAACCACAGCUACCAGAUGAGCCUGAACCAGUUUUCAGAUCUGACCUUCGCAGAAUUUAAAAAAUUAUACCUGUGGAGCGAGCCCCAGAACUGCUCAGCCACAAAGGGGAACUUCCUGCGCAGCUCGGGGCCGUAUCCCGACUCCAUUGACUGGAGGAAGAAGGGAAAUUACGUGACACCCGUGAAAAACCAGGGCCCCUGCGGGAGCUGCUGGACCUUUUCCACCACAGGGUGUUUGGAGUCUACUAUUGCUAUUGCGACGGGAAAGCUCCUCUCUCUGGCAGAACAACAGUUAGUUGAUUGCGCCCAGGCUUUUAACAACCACGGCUGCAGUGGGGGCCUGCCAAGCCAAGCCUUUGAAUACAUAUUGUAUAACAAAGGGCUCAUGGGGGAGGACACCUACCCAUACCGGGCCGAGAAUGGCACCUGCAAGUUCCAGCCGGAGAAAGCUAUUGCAUUUGUCAAGGAUGUUAUCAAUAUCACGCAGUAUGAUGAGGAUGGCAUGGUAGAAGCUGUGGGGAAGCACAACCCGGUGAGCUUUGCAUUUGAGGUGACAGGUAACUUCAUGCACUACAGAAAAGGAGUCUAUUCAAACCCACGAUGUGAGCACACUCCUGACAAGGUGAACCAUGCUGUCCUUGCUGUGGGCUAUGGAGAAGAAAAUGGAACACCUUACUGGAUUGUGAAGAACUCCUGGGGCCCACUGUGGGGCAUGGAUGGGUACUUCCUUAUUGAACGUGGCAAGAAUAUGUGUGGUCUUGCUGCUUGUGCAUCUUAUCCGGUUCCUCAGGUGUAAGAGGAGAGUGCAGGCUGGGGAAAGUGGGCACAGGAAAAGAAAUGAGUGAUUGUGUACAAAUUUCUGAAUGCUAAAAUCAAGAAAGUGAGAACAAGAUGAAGUACCAGUCUGCUGAAAGUUGUUACCUGUAGGCAGAUUCGUUGGCUUGCACAUAGCUUCUCCCAGUAGGAAGACCCAUACCUCCUCUCCCCAGCCAAAAGCAAGUGUGCUC